AAAUCUGCUGUCAGUAUUACUCGUUUAUUUUCGACAUUUGGUUUGUAAAGCGUAUUCAUCAAUACAGACACUAUAUAGUUUUUUUUUUUUCUUUCAAAAUUGUUUGUAUCCUUGAACUAAUUUUUGUUUUAAAAAACACAAAGUGUCUAGCUUUAUGCGUAACUAUUGGUUUUGAUAAUUUUAAGAUGUAAUAUAACAAAAAUCCUUUGUAUAAAUCUACAAAGUCAUUUCAUAAGAAAGUUUUUUUACGUUUCUGGGCCAAAGUCAAGAAUGUGUAGACAUUAAGUAUCAUCUAUCGAUUAAUAAGACGUAGAAAAAGCGUUUAGUUUUAAAAAUAUCUUGAAAAUGGCACACUUUAGACGUGAUAUUACGUAUAGCGCUCUAGACAACGAAUUAACUCCGCCACUGGGAAGAUCUGCAGAAGUUACUCCAACAAUGAUCACCCUGGAUCAGGAACACGACGAUGCUACAAACGUUAUCAUUCACAAAGUACCUCAAACUAAAGUGGGAUGGACUCAUAUAGAAGAUCUUGAUUCAUUUUUUACAAGAAUGUAUAGAUAUUAUGUUAGAGGAGGCUUUUAUCCAAUGAUGAUGUCAGAUUUAUUUUAUCUAUUACAGUUUAUAUUUAUUGUUUGGUUCUCCACAUUUUUGGUGCAUUGUAUAGACUAUCCAAGAUUAUUUAGAAAUGAUCCUAAUGCAAACAGAAGUGAGAAACUUAGCUUAAGUGAUGUGAUUUACUCUUCUUCAGUAUGUGUUAAUAACAUAUCUUGGACAUGGUGGUGUCUCAUUGUGUUGUGUUCAUUUAUUUGGCUAAUGAGAUUAGUUAUAUCAAUAUAUCAUUUGUACUAUGCUUAUGACACAAAAUUAUUUUAUAACAAUGCUUUAAAGAUUAAAGAGAGUGAUUUAGCUUGGGUGAACUGGUCUACCAUACAGGAGAGAGUAAGAGAAGCACAACCGGAACAUCACAUGUGUGUCCACAAACAAGAGAUAAAUGAACUAGAUAUUUACCAUAGAAUACUCAGGUUUAACAAUUACAUGGUGGCGAUGGUUAACAAGAAUUUACUUCCCCUGCAAAUACGUGUUCCUUGCAUUGGAGAUUUUCAUUAUUUAAGCAGAGGCUUAAAAUGGAAUUUGGAGUUUCUUUUAUUUUAUAGUCCUUGGAGUCCAUGGGAGAACUGUUGGCAGCUACGUUCUGCUUAUAAGGAUAAUUCGAAGCGAAUGAUUCUAGCAAGACAGCUACAAAGACAGAUAUUACUUCUCGCAUUAGUAAAUCUUAUCUUGUCACCCUUAAUACAAGCUUGGCAGAUUCUGUAUUUCUUCUUUAAUUACGCGGAGUUAAUAAAGAGGUCGCCAGGGUCUCUUGGCUUGCGCACGUGGUCAUUGUACGCUAAAGUCACCCUUCGACAUUUCAAUGAACUCGAACACGAAUUACGGGACAGACUCAAUCGCGCCCAUAAGCCUGCCACUAAGUAUCUCGCCAGCUUCAACUCGCCAAUCACAACGGUCCUAGCUAAGAAUAUCGUCUUUGUAUCUGCGAGUGUGCUGGGCGUGCUCGUAGUGCUGUCAGUAUACGACGAGGACGUGCUCACUGUGGAACACGUGCUGACUAUCAUCACCAUACUUGGCUGUAUUCUCGCUGGUGCUAGGGCCCUAAUUGGUGAAGAGGAACGGCUCGGUGGAGCUUGCACGGGUCCUGCGCGAGGGGAGGAGCUGCUGGUGCAAGUGCUGGGACACGUGCACUAUUUGCCCACCGCCUGGAGGGGUCGCGCGCACACCAAGGACGUGGCGGCACAUUUCCAACACCUGUUUCAGUUCAGAGCGGUUUACAUAGUGUUCGAGUUGCUAAGUCCACUGUUAUGUCCGCUGGUGCUCCUUUCACUGCGAACGCGUGCGUUAGACAUCGUCGACUUCUACAGAAACUUCACUGUGAGCGUGCUUGGUAUAGGUGAUGUCUGUUCCUUUGCUCAGUUGGAUAUAAGACGUCAUGGUCACCCGGAUUGGCAGAUACAUGGCAGAAAUGGGAAUAAAACAUGUAACACUCAAUACAACCAAGGAGAAGUCGGUAAGACUGAGCUCUCCCUGAUCGCCUUUUCGUGUCGCCAUCCCGGCUGGCAGCCUACCGAGCUGGCUCAGAGGCAGUUUCUACGCUCCCUGCGGCAGAGCAUACACCAAGCUAAACCCAACCUUAAUGGACUUAAUAAAACAAUGUUGGGCUCCUUUAUACAGCAGAGCAUAUUUGGUACCAACACACCUCUCCCUGCUCUACUUUCCUAUCAACCAAAGCAAAAUUAUAGACUACCUGAUAUGGACGAGACAAGUGACGAGGAAGAGGGUGGGUUAUCUCGAAGCUCAGCGGGGCUGGCGGGAGCGAGCAGCGUUCUGGGAGCUAGUGUGUUCGAGUUAGGCGCAGUGCCAGAACUACCGGACGAAGUCCGAGACAUGUCAGUCAGCACCCUCCAUCUUUACGAUCUGCAACUUGCUCAGGCCCGACCGAACGUUUCGGCGUGCUGCACAAACAACUGUAGCGAGCGACCGCGCUCCAGCCGAUGGGAGUCCGGCGAGGACACCCCCUUACUUCACCGUCCUUAACAGUGGCAAUACACAACCCGCGCCGACCCCGUCUGGGUAUAGCGGGUAUUUGUAUGUAAUCUUACUUCUAACCGCGAAGGAAAAAUUAUAUACAAAAUUCAAAUAAUUCGGUAAAAACAUAAUUCUCCCAUUAUAAACAUGAACUCUUUCAAGCUCCUAGGUUAUCGGUUUCCUACGCAUUAUCUUUUCACGCGGGACGUUGUAAAUACUUACGACUGUUUGCUGUUAGCGGCAAAUCGAACGCACGACCUUUGGUAUGGAAUACAUUUAUUAAUAAUGACUUCUGUGCCAAAAUGCCGUCCACGUAACUCGUAACAAUAUACCACAAAUAAUUUGUAAGUCAUCUAACAGCUCUACCGGAAACAUUCAAUUUAGUGUCACAAUUUUUUAAUUAUAAAACUCUUGGGUACAACACGCUUCAUCCCCGCUGAAAAGUUUAGGUUGUGAAAUCUUUAACUCUAUCCAUGCUAAAUAGUUAACUUUUCUUAAAUAUAAUUUGAUAACAUAUGUGCAACAGUUAGAUCACGUGCAGUCAUUGGAGUGUUAAAUUAAUGUUUCAUUUACAAGUAAAGUAAUUUGGUUCACACUAUCUGGGACAGUAUACGUCUAUAGACGUCAUAAGAAUUACUUAGCUAUUGUGUCUAGUGUACUGUUCCUCAAAGUGAUAUAUAUGUGUGUGUGUUCCUAAUUUAAAUUAAUAUCUUUUUAACGCUUCUUUCGUUUAUGUUAUGUAUCGUGUUGCACCGUUCUUAUAUUCUAUAUUCAUAUUGGUGCGCUUUUUCUUGUAUAUCAUUGCACAGCACACAAACGAAAUAAUAUUCAAAAUAUCAUAGAAAUGCUGAUAUGCUCAAAUUAAUUUGGAUCAGGUCAAAUCAAAUUAUAGUUAUUUAAAGUACACGCCGAAAAGCGCACGAAUGUUAUUAAUGAUAAUUUUUAAUUAAUUUUAACACUUUUAGUUUUACAUAAACACAUGUUUGCUGUGAAUUGUGAUUGUUUGGGGGGGGGGGGGUGGUCAUGAUAAAUAAAUAACUUGGAUAUUAUCAUUUCUGUGCGUCAAAUAACGAGUGUCUUUGUGUGUUUUUUUAGACUAUAAUAAAAUGUGCGCUUUUUGCUUUAAAAUUUAAACUUAGUUAAUUUAAAUUCUAUGAUGAAUAUGUUAUUAUUGGUUAAAGCGCUGUAAGAAAUCGUUGAGAUGAACGAAGCGAAAAACACGUUUAGAAAUCCAAAUAUAAUUUAAACGCGCACAAAGAAAAAUAAAAAAAAUAUUUUAAUUUAUAAAUUAUGAUAAUAGUUGUUUUGUUUGUUUUUAUUAUUUAAAAAAUUUGCUUUAUCGCAGAAAUCGUGUCGUGUAAUGUUAAUAAUAGCACUUGACUUUCAUUAAUAUCGAAAAUAAUUUCUGUGAUGAAGCCGUUGUGUUAUAAAAUGGAAAUGGUAAGUAGUAUGUAACUAUAUAUCAAACUUCUCCGUUAUUAUGGAAAAAUAGAAUUCGAUGAAGAUUCAUAAACGCUUUCCGAUUAACAUAACCUAAUGUGAUAUACGAUAGUGACGUUUAUUAAUAUAUAUUUUGCUAUAAUAUGUAACAUUCAUAAUCUUCGUGAUAAAUCAGUAACCGAAAACCGUAUUAGAUGAUAGAUAGUAUUAAGAAUAUUGAAUUAAAUUCUCACGUAACUAAAAUUAUUAAAUUUUUUACAUUUUUCACAUUACAUGACUAUAUUUCAUAAAUAUUGACAAUAUAUAGUUUUCAUAGUUCGUGAUUGAUAGAUUACUCUGUGAUAGAGUUGUAAUUAUAAAUAAAUAGACAUACACCCGAUUCCGAUUCGACAACGAUGUUUCGUGACGUCGUGUCUUAGAUAAAACGCUAGCGGUUCAACAAACUUAAAUAGUACAAAAAUACGUAUAGAAAGCUCUUAAAUUAAAGUACGAAAUAUCAGAUAUGAAAUAAAAAUAGUAAGAAUUUACUUUAGGCCCCGAAUUUUUUUACGCAACGCGACGAGCAAAUGAAUAUAUUACAUUUAUGAAUUAUAGUUUUAUAAAUGAUCGUGAGUUAUUUUUAUAAUAUACAUCGAUAAAUAGUAAAAUACAUACAUUAACAUAUGUAAUAAAAUCAGCUUAACUUAUUAAUAGAUCGCUCCGUUAUAUUACUGCCUUAACUAAUAUUACUUCAUAUAACCUUUCUAUAGAUAUUAAUUAGGCUUUGUAAAAAGUAUGUUAACAUGCAGGUUUUAUUCGAUGAUAUGAGUAUAGCAAAUUAGUAAUUUAUAGUUUAAUAUAAAAAAGUAAAGUGCCUGACACAGCCUUGUUAUAUUGAUGAUAAUGUGAUGCUAGCUUAUCGUGUUUAUUGAUAUUCAUUGAACAAUAUAAUAGUAAAUAUCAGUAGGGCCAAAAAUAAGUUUUUACGGGAUAUGCAUUUCUAUAAAGUACUACAGAUUUCUGUCUUUUUACGAUAUCUUGUAGACGAUCUGCAAGUAAUACCUAUGAAGCGAAUCCUUCGAAAGACGCUUCCUGCUUUUUGCAUAUUAUUCCCUCGUGGAGAUGAGGUAUAGCAGUGGUUAUUCCAUUUCCCAGUAUUUGACUACCCAGUCCUACCGUUUUAAGAUCUGCUUCGAUGGAUUUAUACGCCUGAUGUUGAUUGAUUUAUCGUGUUCUCUUCGAUGAACACUGGCAGCCACAUUGAGUGCCACUUUUACAGUGAUAUCCACUUUGUUCAAAAUAUGACGAACCCAGUGCCAUUACAGUUAUUUUCUAGUACACAUACACAGGCAGUUGAAGGUUUUUGUGGUUCAAAACACCUCUUCCCUGUUGUUUUUAUUUUCAACAAGUUAAACUUCUUUAACGUUACGGCAGAUAAAAAAAAAAGAAUCAUGAAAAGUAAAGACCAGGCACAAAACUAGUGAAAAUUAAAAAAAAAUAUCUUAACUUUCAGAGUUACUUUUGAGAAAAUUUUCUUUUUAUAUUGCUUAUUUUGUUACAUGUAUAACUGUGUUUUUGUCACUUUUUAAAGUUAAAAUU